UGUAAAUUAAUUUAAUAAUUUAAGAUAACUAAUCUCUCAAUGUAGACUUAUGGUUGUAGAUUAAUUUAAAAAGUAUUAGAGCUAUAUCCAUUAGAAAUAACUUAAGGAAUUUUAGAUAAGUUAAUUUCUUUCGCAUAUUAAUUAUGUUAUCAGGAAUUCGGAAAUUAUAUUAUUUAAUUCCUUUUAAAGAGAGGACCAUAAAAGGAAAAAUUAAUAAUUUGCCAAAUUAUAAAAGAAAAUUUCGAAUAAUUAAGUAUUAAUAAGUUUGGUAGCAAUACUGUUGAAAAAUACAUUGAUCUUAUGGGGCCUUCAUAAAUAAUAAGGAACCUUUGUAAUAAAUAAACCGAUUAGUACAACUUCAAUAAUUUAUAAUUUUAGAUAUAUAUUUUUUAACCUUUCUAUCCAUCCUUAUGGAAAUUAUGUUAUAAAAAAAGUUCUAAUCAGCGGAGAUCCAUCAGUUGAAUUGUUGAAAAAUUUAUUGAAACAGCAUCCAGAUCUUAUUUAAUAAAUUAAAAGCUCAGAAUUCGGAUAAAGAGUUGGUUUAAUUUUGGAUACUGUGUGAGUACCA